UCAUCAUUCAAUUCCAUCAUCGUCAAAUCUAGAAAUGCGGGAAUCCAGACACCAUGCAGUUAAAUCUAUUCAACGAGUGGAUCUAUGGAUAUGAUUGGUCAUUGACCUUGAUGAAAAUAGACCGUAUCCCAAUUACGAAGGAAGGUAUUCGUUCCAAUUACAUCUCUCAGAUAAAAAUCCUGAGAUCGCGUCUGAUGGUUGAUUACCGGCCGGACAGCAACAUGCGUAAUACGGCGCGAAAAAAUGCGGAUACGGCGUAUUUAUUUCAACAUCACCACUGACACCCUCCGUAGUAAAUAUUCAACAUAUAAUGUGCGUUGAUUUCCUAGAACAAUACGGAAUAUCUCUGAUCCACAGAACAUAUUUAUCUCUCCGUUGAUGAACAUUGGUAUUGAAAAACAUUACCAAUUACAACCACUUUCAACAUGGCUCACCAAACAAGCCCAGGACAGCCAGAGGCUAAAGUCAAAAUCAACCUUACGGGAACGGCGGAAACAUUGAUGGGACCUUUGAUCGCAAGAGCCAGAGAUGCCAGAAUGCCUCAGCCCGUUCUUGGCGAUAUGUUCGCCGCUCAGAUUCUAGAUCAGCUCGACUACGAUAUCGAAAAGCACCAAAUCGACGACCCAAAAGCUACUAUGCACGCGGCGCGUGUCGUCUGUUUAGAUAAAUGGACUACCGAGUUCUUAGCCAACAACCCAGAGUGCACGGUCGUCUAUCUAGCCUGCGGUCUUGAUAGCCGCUUACAGCGUCUCCAACCAGAUAUGUCUAGGGUUCGCUGGGUUGAUGUGGAUUUCCUUGAUGUCGUCCAGCUUCGGAGCUCGCUUAUUCCUACUCCGGAGGGCGACUACAGUCUAAUCGGCUCGGAUGUGACUGAGGAUGGAUGGCUUGAGCAGAUACCCGCUGAUCGCCCAACGCUUGUUAUCUGCCAGGGACUGCUCAUGUACCUUGAGGAAGAGCCGGUGAAGCAUUUAAUUCAGCGACUUAUCAACCACUUCAAGUCAGGUCAAAUUUUGGUCGAUUGUGUUAGCACCGUCAUGCUUUCUCUACAGCACCAGGUAGAGACUCUAAAUGCGACGGGGUCGACGUUCAAAUGGGGUGUGGACGACCCGAAGACACUCGAAUCGCUACACCCGCAGCUAAGAAUGGUAGAAUGUUUAGGCGCGGCAGAACUUGGCGGCUUCUCUCAGAUGCCCCUGAGUACCCGAUUGAUGAUGUCAACCUAUUCAUACCUCCCCUGGUUUCGAUAUCUCAGUUCCUAUUCGAGAUUCAAUUUCUAGGGUCAUGAUUCUUUUGGGGAUAAUGAUGUACUAUUUAUGGCAUGAGUUUCUACUAGGGAGUUAUUCUUGGUCAGAUCUAGGAGAUUUAAAGGAAGACGGGUUGUAACCCCCUCUAACAUAGACACCAAAAAAGCAAGGAUUGGGUAGGAGCGAAGGAUUCCGAUUUCGUAUCCGUUUAUACCGGCGUAACGGUAGAUAUCUAACUCAAUGAAUAGAAACUGCAGUGCGGUUUUCAUCGUCUUCUCAA